AAGCGUAAAAACCUCUAUCAUCACCAAGUUCCGUCGUCUGAUUCGAACCCCCAUACGAAUCAGACAAGACACUCCUUCCAAUAUACCAUACUUCAUCCUUUGAUUCAAAUACCAAAAAAAUUUAAACCCUAAAAUUCAUUUGAGUCUCUUCCUAGUCAUCAAUCUCUUGAAACCCUGAUUCCAUGGUUUCUAGAUUUUCCAUUGAUCUUGUUUUUAAAUAAUGGGAAGCUUUCAUCGCCGGACUUUUUCUUAUGAUAAACUUCCGAACGAACCCAUUAGGCUCUCCGUUCUCAAACUAGAUGGCUCUUCCUUUGAUGUUUACGUAUUGACCUCGGCCACCGUUGGGGAUCUCAAGGUUGCUAUAGAAACUGCCUUCAGCCAUGUCCCCAAGAAGGGACCCUCCAAGAUCUCAUGGUCACACGUAUGGGGGCAUUUUUGUUUGUGUUUCGGAGGUCAGAAGUUAAUUACCGAUACGGAUUGCAUCGGAAAUUAUGGGAUGAAGGACGGUGAUGAGGUUAGGUUCAAAAACCAUGUAUCCGGCAAUGCGGUAUUGAGCAAGGGAUAUUCUAGGAAAUCCAAACAAAAGAAUUUAGAGAGGGUAUUGCCAAAGGAUGGAGAUGAAGUAUUGAAUAGGAUUGAAGAGAUUGAUGACUCUUGGGAUGAUCUUGAGAGAGGAGGUUUAGUGAUGUACAAAGAUGAUGACAUGGAAACUUCUUCAAAUGAAAGCAACAGGUCUUGUCUAUCCACUGUACAUGGUUGCUGCUUUGCUUUCGGUUUAAAAGAGCUUCUUGGGUUUGGUAAUGACAGAGCUUAUUACUCUUUGAGAGAUACUUGGAGAGACGAUUGACUUUGGUCCAAUUUUUGUUAUUCGUAAGAUUUUGUAAUCACACAACAAAAUGAUCCAAUUAUGUAAGGAUCAAGUUCUAUUACAAAGGGUAGUAAUUAUGUUCAGUGAAAGCUUUAUAAUAGAGAGUACAAAGUUACAAUGAUUCAUAAGUACAAGAUAGUGCCUUAAACAAAAAAGUGGGAAAAAACAGAUGGAAGAAGAUAAAAGGCACUAUCACGAACCUAAACCAAAGAACAAAUGACUUCUACAAGAACUUUACUGAACAUAGAGAGACAACAACUCCAAAAAGACGGUCAAGACUAAACCCUAAACUAGAUUACCAGAACUCAGUGACAGGCUUCACAAAAACACUAACAGUUGUAGAAACAGGCUCCUUUGUUUAGAAGGAACCUGCCAAAAAUUUUAAAAAACAACUGCAGUGUCCUGAGAAAGAAACUAAGUUCUAGGUGGAAUCUAUGGGUUUUAGCGACCAAAACCUA